AUGGAAGGCGCGGGCGAGGGCUCCGGAUUCGACGCGGCACACAUGAAGAGGCGGCGGAGCAGCGCGGCGAGGCGGCCGAGACCGGAGGGCGGCCCUGCCGCGGAGCAGCGGGGCAACGCCUCCCCUCCGUCUCCGUCGGCGUCGUCCAGGAGCGGGCCGAGGAGGCUGCUGUUGACUUCGGACGAGAACGCCACCGGCCCCGAUGGGGGCAACCGUGGGCGUGAGUUCCUCCUCAAAGCUCCGUCGCCGGAGCGCGCGACCAAGGGCAGCAUCCGGCUCCGGUCCGAGGCCGCGGCCGGUGGCUCCAGGAAGAGCGAGGGUAACAGCAGCCAUGGUGCGCAUGCCCCUGAGGGGAACCGCGGUUCGUCGACGGCCGGUGAGAAGCUGGGGAAGGUGAAGCUCAAGAUUCGUAACGUCUUACCGAAACCGAACCCUGAUACGCCGCCUACGAAGCCUCCACGGCCUGUAGAUUCGAGGCACCAGCAAAAGCAUGGCCAUCUGACUGAAGGUGCAAAAGAUUCUGACAGGUCAACCUCUUCACGAGACAAGAAAGCCCGAAAAGAGAGGUCAAUUGAAGAAACAAUGGCGCAGGAGCAAGCAGGCAAAGUUCAGAGAGAACCUUCUUCAGAUCCUGUCCGGAAGAGUAGGAGGCUUGCUAAGAAAUCUGUGGACAAUGAGUUUGAUGAGGACUAUGAUACAAGCAAUCUUGGAACUCCUGAAGAUUGGGAUGGUACUCGUGAGCCUAAGAGCAAAGGAAAUAGCUCUAAGAAGAGUGCCUCAAAGAAAGGGAAAAAUAGGAGCAAGGUGUAUGAGGCUGAUAAUGGUUUUGUUACUUCCCGAACUGGCAAGAAAAGAUCUAGAGAAUCAGCUGAUGAUGAUAAUACUGAAGAAGAACCAACCUCAGAUAGUGAGCCUGACGUCGAAGACACCGAACAAAAAACAGCGAUUGAAUCACCUGUCAAUGUCAGAAGUGAACCUCUCACAACACGUCGCCGUGCCCUUCAAUCAUGGAUGGAUGGAAGCAGCAACAGUACUGUUGAGUUCCCUGAUGGUCUACCUCCAGCUCCUUCGAGAAGCAAGAAGGACAAGCUUUCUGAAGAGGAAAUGCUUGCAAAGAAGGCAGAAGCUGCUCAGCGACGCAGGAUGCAAGUGGAAAAAGCCACUAAAGAAAGUGAGGUAGAAGCUAUAAGGAAAAUAUUGGGCAUGGACUCUGACAAGAAGAAAGAAGAGAGGAAGCAAAAGGAGCGAGAAGAGAAGGAGCGAGCUACCAGAGCACAAAACAUCGCUGCAAACUCAGUCCGCUGGGUCAUGGGGCCCACCGGAACCAUUAUUUCAUUUCCACAUGCAGUAGGCCUCCCCAGCAUCUUCGACUCCAAGCCUCACAGGUCAUCCUCACAUCCUUAA